AUGGCGUCGCUGAGCGAUAAGUCGGUUUGGGAUGAAGUGGAGGAUGGAAUCGGCGAAGAGGUGUUAAAAAUGUCCACCGAUGAGAUAGUCCAGCGAACCCGGCUUUUGGACAGUGAAAUAAAGAUCAUGAAGAGCGAGGUUCAGAGAGUGACUCAUGAACUCCAGGCCAUGAAGGACAAGAUAAAAGAAAACACCGAGAAAAUCAAAGUGAACAAGACCCUGCCUUACCUGGUGUCUAAUGUCAUAGAACUCCUUGACGUAGAUCCAAAUGACCAAGAGGAAGACGGAGCCAACAUUGACCUGGACUCCCAAAGGAAAGGAAAAUGCGCUGUCAUCAAGACCUCUACCAGACAAACCUACUUUCUGCCCGUAAUUGGCUUGGUGGACGCCGAGAAGCUGAAGCCUGGAGACCUAGUGGGUGUGAAUAAAGACUCAUAUUUGAUUUUGGAGACAUUGCCUACUGAGUAUGACUCCAGAGUGAAGGCAAUGGAGGUGGACGAACGUCCUACGGAGCAGUACGGUGACAUUGGAGGGCUAGACAAACAGAUUCAAGAGCUGGUAGAGGCCAUUGUCCUGCCCAUGAACCACAAAGAAAAGUUCGAGAACUUGGGGAUCCAGCCUCCUAAAGGGGUCCUGAUGUAUGGACCACCGGGAACUGGAAAAACUCUCCUAGCCAGGGCUUGUGCUGCUCAAACCAAGGCAACGUUCCUUAAAUUGGCAGGCCCGCAACUGGUCCAGAUGUUUAUUGGUGAUGGAGCCAAGCUGGUGAGAGAUGCCUUUGCCCUGGCCAAAGAGAAAGCCCCGUCUAUUAUCUUCAUCGAUGAGCUAGACGCUAUUGGAACCAAACGGUUUGACAGUGAGAAGGCAGGUGACAGAGAGGUCCAGAGAACCAUGUUGGAGCUUCUUAACCAACUGGAUGGAUUUCAGCCCAACAUACAGGUCAAGGUGAUCGCUGCCACCAAUAGAGUGGAUAUUCUGGACCCUGCGCUGCUUCGUUCAGGCCGUCUAGACAGAAAGAUUGAAUUUCCCAUGCCAAACGAAGAGGCAAGAGCUCGGAUCAUGCAGAUUCACUCACGGAAGAUGAACGUCAGUCCCGAUGUCAACUAUGAGGAGCUUGCCCGCUGCUCUGAUGACUUCAAUGGAGCCCAGUGCAAGGCUGUGUGUGUUGAGGCCGGAAUGAUAGCCCUGCGCCGUGGGGCCACAGAGUUGAACCACGAGGAUUACAUGGAGGGAAUCCUUGAAGUCCAAGCGAAAAAGAAGGCAAACCUACAAUACUAUGCCUGAGGACACUUCUCUGAAUGUUCAUGAUUCGUUUUUGAAGCCUUUGUUAUUCGAAUUAAAUAGCUGUUAAUAAAAAGAAGUUAAUUGGCAUAUACUUGUCACGUUGUAUUUCUCUCACAAGUGAAGAGAAUGGAGUCUGUUUUUCAGCUGCAGUAUAUGGCUUUGGUAAUUCAAUUUUCAAAUGAUCCCAUGCAGAGUAAAACUAUUCAUGUGGCUAUGCAACAACCUUUGGAAGUUAAUCCCCCCCUUCCCCCCAAUAGGUCAUAAAACAAAUUUGAUAAAAUAUAACUUCACUUACUGGAUUUUUUUAACCAAUGAGAAAGUUCAAAGGGAGUGCACUCUGUAUAUGAGGGUGUGUAAAUCAGUCUGUGUUGGGGGAAAAAAACCUUCUACUCAGUGUAUUGUGUCCAAAUGUUUGUUUGUUUGUUUUGGGGGGUUUUUUGCGAUGUUUUGUCUUCUUUCAGAUCUCAGGCUGGUGUUGCUUGGAUGGGCCAGCUCUGGAAAGAGUGCAUCGAGAAACACCAGCCAGGGCUGUGAUGAGUUUUUACAAGGAUGGAGACGUUUCAGAUGUGAGAGCAGACAUGGUCAGAUAGCUGGAAGGUUGGACUCUGUGAUCAGAUAGCUUUAAUAUGAACUGAGCUUUAUAUACAGAACACAAUGUAUUCAGUUCAUUGUGAUGCACUGUACAAUGUAGAGUCCUGUAUUUUGAAAAGGUUUUAAGUUCAUCCUGCUAUAUAUAACAUGACGUUACUUAAAGUAUUUGCUCUUCAUCUAUCCAUCCAUUAUCCAAACAGACUUCAAUAUUCAGAAACAUUCAGAGUGCCUUGUCAUCUGCAUUAUAUCAGUCAACUGCUGAUACAAUCUCACCAACUACUUCGAAAACAUGAAGAUUACUCUCCCAAACUAAGAACAUCAGAAGGUUUGUCAGUUGUUUUAUGAUUUAAUGGAAUUUAAAAUGUUGGAGAUGUAGCAAGGCACCAAAUAUAGCUGACCCCCAAAUAUUGACAAUUAGCUCUUCAAAUCAACUCAGACUUUAGAAGAGCUAAAUCAGGAGUUAACGUGAUCACGUUACCUUCAUUUACUCCCUGUCACUAAGCUGGGACCAUAAAAUCUGGAGCCAUGCUACACUUUGUUUGAGACAUAGCACCUCAGUAGAAGUUUAUUCUACUCGGGUGCAAGAUGUUUGUGCCUUAUCACACACGAAACGACACCAAGAACAAUAACAGCCCCAAAGUUUAUAAUAAAUUAAACAUAUAUAGUGUUUUUUCUAACACUCAAAGUCGCUUUACAAUAAAUGGGGUGAAACAAGACAACAUAAACAUAACACAAGCAUAUAGGGUUGGAUGGGAAGGGGUGAUAAUUUUAAUAAAUGGGAAGUUUAGAUAGUUUUGAAAAGCAAUUAAAUCAACUUUUGCAACUGAAUUGAAUACCAUGUAAAUUUUAAUCCCACCCGAACCAUUGGGUGUGGUCACUGCAUCUUAAACUUUUUUGAUCUGUUGACACAAGUCAUAGCUGCAUGUCUUAAAAUGCAUUUUCUCUUUCAGCAGCGCUGCGCUGAGUCUCAGCUUUGCACUGAAAUUCAGCAUCUCAUUAUACUGUCAAAAGACCAAAAGUGACACUUAAUUGCAAAAUUCUGGGGGAAAACUAGCAUUUCAAGCGCUAUAGUGAGCUUCUGUAAGCUCAUUCACAAUUGUUUUUAUACUUGAUCUCUUUUGGGUCUGUAACACAUUUCACCAGCCAAUACAGGAGUUAUGUGAGUUGGCCUGUUGUGCAAUAGUUUGGCCUGCAGUGACUAUAAUGUAAGAGGUGGCUUUGCAGAGAUCAGAGAAAUCAAAAGGAACAGAAAAUAAAACUCAAAACAAGAUUUUUUGGGAUUUUUUUUUGUUGUUUUUAAUAAGAAUUCAAGAAGAAUAGUUGGAGAUUUCUGCUCCUUCCAAAAACAAUGAAAAAUCCAAACCAAGGCAGAAUUCAGACGAGGUAAGGCAAGGCAAAUUUGAUUUUUGUGGGUCAAAUAAAAUUUCUGAAAGGGAAACAUUUGCAAGGUAGCAUCAACCACCAACUCCUUUUACAAAAACACAGUCCAAAUGUUUGUAGCCUUUUGAUUACUUUCAGCCCUGGAUUCAUAUUCAUGAAGAUUGUAAGAGUAGGUGUUGACAAAGGACCACAGGUGUGGACCAUGGAGGGUGGACAGUACCGAGACAAAUGGGUACUAAAUCAUAUUACAAGACUUAAUGCUUGACCCUGGUCUUGGAGGACCACAGGGAUACGUGACCUCCAACCAUGUUCCAACAAGGAUUUUACAUUUGAAACACUACACCAGCAGAUGCGCUGAUCGGCACAGCUUAAUUUAGAAAAUGAGCAACUAAUCAGUGAAACCGUCUUUGGAGUUUGGCUGGAUGGCACACAUUUGGUGACCACUGGUGGAGUGAAUGUAGAACUUGAACAUGGAGGAAAAGCAAUAUCAUCAUAUGAAGACAGAAUUGGGUGCUUAGCAUAUUUAGUGCAAUUUUAGGUCUUCCCUUGAUGGCAAGGGUUUAGAUUUUUGGCUCAUAGAUGAAAUUCAAUGUCAAAUUGAGGUGUCAAAUUACAAACAUCAAGGUUUAUAGUUCUUGUUGACUCCCUCAUGUCCCAUCUUUCGUCUUGCCCAGACAGUAAGCACGAGUACAACUCCCACUGUCUCUGUAAUGAGAGGCCAGGACGACACUGUCUCUUCCUCGUUUGUCCUUCUAAAGGAAA